AUGGCCGAACAGAGCGUCUCUUCGCCGCAUCAUCCGAAUAAUGUCACCAUCUACCAGACGACCGGCCCAGACGCCCACUUUGGCCCCAUCAUGGCCCCGGGUGACUCGGGAACGCCGCUGCUGAAUCCGCGAUCCUGCGUCACCUGCCGGAGGCGCAAGGUGCGUUGCGACAAGCAGAUGCCCUGCUCCAAUUGUCGGCGCGCCUCGAUUCCCUGUGCAUUCCCCGCGCCCGGCCGCGCGCCGCGCCAACACCGGCCCAAGGACCCGAACGCCCCUCCGAAACCGACGAGCCUGCGCGAGGUUGAGCUGGUCAAGCGACUGAAGAAGCUGGAAGGAAUCGUGGAGGAAUUGAGUGGCCAGAUCGAGAUCGAGACUGGCGGCAGGGUUUCAUCUGCCACAGGCUCGCCCUCCAACGAGGGAUCGCCCACAGCCCAGCGACCAAAGUCCAGCAGCUUGGGCGCAUUUGCGUCGGGGGUUGUUGAUUUUGGCGACCACCAUGCUACGGGUGAGGUUCCCGAGUCUCGUAAGAUGAGAGAGAGCCGCAAGCAGCUCGGGCGACUUGUUUUGAGUGAUAGCAAAGGCACUGCUCGCUAUGUUAGCAGUGGAUUCUGGUCCAAAUUGAACGAUGAGCUAGAUGCAAUUCGCGAAGAAACACAGAAGCUUACCGACGAGGAUGCCGACGACUCUGAGUUUGAAGAAUCACCGCCCAUCGACUCACCAGCCACCGCUGCGAGCUCUUCAUAUAAUCACCAAAGCUUCAUCCUAGGACAUCGAUCUCUCGAUGUUAAUCUAAAAAACUAUCACCCUUUACCCUCUCACGCCACUUUUUUGUGGUCGGUUUAUCAGGAAACCGUUGAUCCUUUACUUAAAAUCAUCCACGUCCCAACCAUGGAGGCCAUAUUGCGCGAUGCCCGACGAAGCCCCGAAAAACUUGCCCCUGGGCAUGAAACAUUAGUUUUCGCUGUUUAUUACGCUGCUAUUGUAGCGCUUGAGGAUGGCGAGGUUCAGACCAAUUUUGGUGCUACCAAGGAGGAAAUGCUUGCGCAGUAUCGCUAUGCCACAGAGCAGUCGCUUGCUAAAGCAAAUUUUCUAAACACGUCGGAAUUUACAGUCGUCCAGGCACUCACCUUGUUCCUCCUAGUCGUCAGGCGAUACGACGAGAGUCGUUUUACUUGGUCCAUGACGGCUCUCUUAGUUCGGAUUGCGCAGGGUCUGGGCAUUCAUCGUGACGGCACAAACUUUGGACUCUCUCCGUUUGAAACAGAGCAGAGACGACGUGUUUGGUGGGCCAUUUUGACUUUGGACUUCCGCUCUUCCGAGGAAAUGGGCACCGAUUUGAUUGUGGCGGAUGGAGACUUUGACACCCAAUUCCCUACCAGCCUUAACGAUGCCGACUUCUCCCCUGCGAGCACUACAAUACCCCCAGCAAGAGAAGGAAAAUCAGAAACCGCAAUCUCGUUGGUGAGAUUCGAAGUCUGCGCCAUGUCGAGACGCAUACGCGACGCGUCUGGCGAGAACUCGUGCAGUGCGAGAACCGAAGCCGGCACAGUUGCGGAGAAAGAGCGGAUGCUAGUAGAGUUCUAUCAGAAAAUCGAAGACAAGUUCCUUCGGCAUUUAAAUGAGGAGGUCGAUAUUCUCUAUUGGGUUGCGGCUAUGAUAUCGCGCAUUAUAAUGUCCAAGAUGUGCCUGAUCAUAUACCAACCAAUGCUUUUCCCCGGCUCUGGCCACGAGCUCACAACGGAAAUCCGCGAGCGGAUUUACAUUGCUGCUAUCGAAAUUAUUGAAUAUAAUCACAAACUCAACACCGAUCCUAGAUGCAAACAGUACCGAUGGCUGUUCAGGACAUAUACCAACUGGCAUGCGAUUGCCUAUAUACUCGUCGAGACAUGCCGUCGUCCUUGGACGGCCCUCGUUCAGCGUGGCUGGGAGGCAGUUAAUGGCUAUGAUAAAGAUUUGGCUGAGAACGUUAAAAGAGCUGACCAUGCCGUCGUCUUCCUUCCCUUACGCAAACUGUUCAUCAGAGCAAGAAGGUAUCAAGAAUCGGAGUUGGCUCGUUUGAGGGCUGAUCCCGAAGAAGCUAGGCGCCUAGACCUCGCAGAAAGGGUAAAUCCACCUCGGGCGCGAUUCGAUCCAGUUCCAGGCUUAGAAGCCAGGCAACAACAAGUCAGAGAGAAAUGGAGAGCGAUGGUCCAGUUGGAGGGCUCAACACCGUCCUCCUCCACAUUCUCCAAUCCACAACACCAGCAGACACCAAUGGCUCCUCUCAUACCUGAAGAAUCUCAACCGUCGUCACAUCAGACACCAGCAGCUAGUGCUACUGGGUCGCACUUCCCACAAAGCAAUGCUGAAAACCAAAUGCAUAUGGGUAUGACCGAUGAUACCAUGGAAUACAUGGACACGUUUAUGGCUCAAAAUAACGUCCCCAUGGCGGAGCUCUGGCACGUGGGAGCUGUGGCUAUGCACAACGGACAUAACGCCGCCUUGGGCAUGGGAGAAAGACAACAUGUUCAGGGCAACAUGGUUGGGCAAGAAGCAAUGAUGCUACCAAGCCAACAGCCUAAAGACGACAAUCACAUUCCGCCAUAUCUUUGGCCCGAAAACUUUGCAACACCAAAUCCAAAGUUUGAAAUGGAAGAUGCAGAUAUGCUGGGAGCCAACUUCAAUUGGCAUGACUGGAGCCAGAGCAUUCGGGGCUUGGGAAUGGAGGGCACGCAAUCGAAACAGAGCUGGUGA